AUGGUGCUUUAUGCCCCCACCAUCGACGAUUCCUUGUCCUCUAAGGGUGACGCUCCCAUCUUGAACGAGACUUCAACCAACGCUGCUUCAGCCUCGCCGGACACCUCCUCCACCGUCGUCCUCUCCAGCGCCGUCCACCUCCUCGACCGCCUUCCUUCCCUCGGAUUGCAAUUCAAAUACUCUUCUUUUAUUCAACCUAACAUUGACAUCGAAGGAAACAGCUUAGGUUAUUGGUUGAUCAGUAUUUGUGUGUUUAGUUUUUGCCCACCAUCUUGUGCAAACUCUGUAGCAUACUCACAAGAUUCUCCUCCAAAUAGUGUUGUUCAAGAAGUUAUACCGGUUGAUGGUGUAGAAAAGUUAUUAGUAAGAGAGAAAGAGCAUUUGGUAUUACUCUGA